CCUGGACCGAUCUCCAUCGACGAUAUGCUCGUUGCGAUCAUUCAAAGCUCGAGGAUGUGAUGGGUUGUUCGUUCCCUAGGGCCGGCUGGAUAACUAGCUAGCUGAAGAAGAAUGACCGACAUUAUGCAAUCGUAACAAGCUGGAAUUGACCUCAUAAUGGAGUCCGCAUCAAGCAAAUCGGUGACAAAUCAACCGACACCUGAUAAAGCAUCGAAUGGGACCGUCUCGAAUAGCCCUUUACGGCCGUACACCUCGUCGAGCGGGUUCACUUACCCUGCCAUCUGGUCCUUUCCACCCUUCUUCACUUUGCAGCCAAAUCCGCAGACGUUCGCUCACCAGCUCACACUCUGGACCCGGCUGAUCCUCUCAUGGGCCAAGUACCAUAGGGUAUUUCGGAUAGACGCCGGGGCGGCCGAUGGAGGGGACUGUCGAGAGGUACUGGAGAACAAGUCUAUCGGGCGUCGGUUAUUGCCUACCUCGAUACGCCAGCUCGUCUCCUCUAUGGAGAAAGAAGGUCUGCUCUCCCCGGAUCCACCGAGACAGCCAAAUACUUUCCUCAUCUAUUGGCGCAAACCGGAAGAAUGGGGUUCGAUGAUCUACGACUGGGUGAUAGAAAAUGGGAUGGGAGGAUCAAUCAUGACGUUCUAUGAGAUUACCGAUGGGGAUAUGGCACAUACGACCGAAUUCCAUCAACUCCCUCCUGUCCUUCUGCGACGGUCACUGGAGACACUCGUCAAACGAGGCAAGGCGCAGAUCGUCAAGGGAGAAGCCGAAGGUGUCAAGUUCUUCUGAAAAGGACGUUUACAUCGAGAGACGAGAUACCGGACACAGGUCGAUAUGAAACGGGAUCGAGGGACAAGGUUGUAUAGCAUGGGGGAGACCGGUCUUGAAAGGUUGUAUCGCAUAGUAUAGCAUGGAACGGCAUUGCCUGAAUGACUGGCUUGAUACGAAGAGACCCC